CCCCGGAGAGGCACGGAUGCGUCCACGGCUCUUUAUCGCGAUCACGGUCACGGUGUGGGCUGUGCUGCUCCAGGCGCCGUGUCUCACCCCGGCUCCCACUCCUCCUUGCCCUGCUCCGGGGGGCUCUGGUGGAGGUACCGGGGUGAGGGGAUCCGGACACGGCGGCGGAGAGGCUCAAACACCGGGUUUCGGAGGCGGAUCGUACCAGGACACCUCCGCGGACUCUCGGGAGUCUCGCGCAGGUCCGCCCGGGAACGAGUCUGCACACAUGAACCCUGAAAUGUCCUCCUCGGAUCCUCUGCACUCAAACACACAGCUCCUCAGAAGAAAGAGGAGCUCUCUGACCAGAAGCCCAUCUGAGCACGUCCUCCUCCAGGUUCAGACUGGACCAGAGCUGUCUCAGUUUGGAGUCAAGUUCCACAAAUGUGCUCAGUUGGUCCCAGGCUCUGACCCCCCUCUGAUCUCCAUUCUCCUCCUCAUCCACCACGUCGGCCCUUCUCAUGGCUCCAACCUGACACAGGUUGCUGUCCGAGACUCUAUCUCUGGCCUUGCUCCGGUCCGGUCUGAGGUCCGGUCCUUGGGCUGGUCUGAGGGCAGAGAAGUGGAGGCCGGUUACCAGAGCUUCGCCAUAGACUCUCUUUAUGCUGGGUCCCAGGUGGUGCUAAACUACUCCGCCCACAUCAAGAGCCCAAAGACUGGAGUCCUGGAGCUCCCUGCUUAUCUCACCUUCUCCAACGCCUCACAGAAUGAUGUAAACAUGUUUGGACCACUCACAGCUAAUCUGACCUUAAGGGUGAAUUCCACCGUCAGAAUGUUUCCACACCCCGCCUUACACUUUGCUGGGUUCCUGGGAGGGUUCCUGGUCUCUUUGGCUUUGGUCCUUUUGGGUUUUCUGUUCCUGAACUGUGUUGACCCCGGCACUGCUCUGAGGCUUUGCCCUAAACAGAGACGUGGAGCAGCAUCUGACCUGGAGUUCGACACCUCUGAGGUUAGCAACGGUUUGAAGCAGGAGGCGGAGUUUGAGGACAAAAUAGUGGAUAUCAUGACUCUGGAGGAGCCUCAGGACAUGCAGCAUGCUCUGGACAGUCUAGAGACCUCCUCUCUGCUCCGAGCCUCUGCUCAACUUGAAGCAUCGCGGUUGCAGAUGCACAGAGACCUGGUGGUGGCUCUGUUGAGCCAAGGGGCGGGGUCAGGAGUCACACUGGUGGAGGUGCUGCUGGGCCAGAUAAUGGCGCUAGAGGGCAGACUGCAGGAAGAGCACCAGGACAAGAUGGCUGCCCUCACCGAACAUUUCAACAAAGAAAUGAGAGACACCAUGAAUGCCAUAAACACUCAGUUGCUCCGAGACACAGAGGAGAGAGAAGAGGCAGAGAGGAAGAGCAGGGACACAGAGACUGCUCUUCACUGCAGAACACUCCAGGAGAAGUUUCACAAACUGAAAGAGAGGUGGGUACAGCAUCACCUCCUGGUCAGACAGGAGGAGGUGUCGGCUCGGGUGCAGAGGGAGGUUGCAGAGAGGAGACGAGAGGUGGUGCAUCAGAUCUUCUGUGAGGAGUUGGAGGAGGCCACAAGGACCGGAGACAUGGACCAGAGCUCAGCCUCAACUCUGCAGCAUCUGUACUUCAACUGCCAGGACUUUCUGGAGCAGGUGUGGGAUGAGGUGGUGGCCCAUCAGAAGGCUAUUCUCUCUGAGCGUCAGACUCAUAGGAAGCUCCUGGUGCAGAGUCUGCAGGGAGUCCACAGUCUGGUCUCUGAGACCUUCUGUAACAACAACAGCAGAAGGGGUGGGCCUGGGGGUGAGCUGCAGGCACUGUAUGACAGAGGGCAGCAGGAGGUGCUGGUGCAGAGGCAAAGGCUGCAGGAGACGGUGAAGCAGGAGAAGGCAGCUCUCCGCUGUGACCUGCUCCAGAAACGACGAGACAAGCUCUCAAAUAUGUGGCAUCUCCACAGACAGCAGCAGAACUCCCUUUCCUCCAUCCCCCUCUCUUCCCUCUCCUCCCCCUCCUCCCUCUCCUCCUCCUCCCCUCUGCCUCCUGUUGAGUUCAUGCUUCUCCUUCAGUCCUGGAGAGAUCUUCUGGUGUUUCAGAGCCGUGAGGAGUCUGAGCUCAUAAAGCACCUGGACCAGGAGGCAGCCACUUGCAUCAAGAAGGUGGUGAGUGACUUGCUCAAGGGCACAACGACAGAGCUCAGAGAGCUCCACACCCCUGUGCUCCUGCAGACUGAGCGCCCCCUGCAGCACACAGAGGAGGCUGCGGUGGCACAGGAGAGUAGAGGCUGUACCACAGAGGAGCCACAGGGGGCGCUGCAGAGGGAGCUGGGAGAGCAAAGGGACAUCAGGGAGCAGUGCAGAAUCUUCUUCAGGCGUCUCCUCUCCUCUCAGCUCUCCCUCUCAGACUCUGACCUUCUGAAGUUGAAGCUGGAGUAUCAGAAGUGUUUCUCAGUGAUGGACAGGUGUCUGGUGGUACCCCCUGCUGUCCUCAGAGCCAAAGUGCAGCGUGGCCUGGAGGAGUGGAGGCGGAGCCAAGAGAAGCUCAUGAGUCGAGGCAAAAGGAAAAGCACCAAAGAAGAAUCUGAGCUCAGAAGGUUUAAGAAAAACCUACAAGAACGAUUAAAGUUGUAUGAACAGAGCCACAAGAAGGAGAUGGAACUCAGAGAGGAGAUGGAGCAGCAAAUGCGUUCAGACUCUCAGGCCUCCCUCCUUUCUCUCUCAGAGCGUCUCUCCUCACUCCUUGUGUCUCUUCACUUGGACAAGGUUCAGAGUUGGAGCCAAGUGUUGCAGACAUGGGAGGCCAUUUUAUGUCUCCAGUCGCUCCUGAUCCCAGAGCUCAGAGAGAGACCCGAGAUGGCCACUGAGAUCCGCGCGCACCGGGAGGGGUUGGCUGCAGCUGAGGAGGAGUUUCAACAGGAUCUGUGCAGAGUGGACAUUGACCUAGCACCACCAGUCGACACUGACCCUCUGACCACCCUGUCCUCUGUGUCCCCUCCCCCUCCUAUCCCACCUCUCUUGGAGGAUGGAGUCCUGGAGGUGAAGCCAGACUGCAACAUGGGGUCUAUCCUCCAGGAGGCGCUGUACAAACGAGAACAGCUCCUGUCUCUGCUGAGCCAGAAGUCUGAAGAAUCCACAUCCAGGACUCAGAUCAGAGAAGAUCUGCGACAACAUUUGGAGCUGAGGAGACUGCAACAGCUGUGUGCACAGGAUGUGAAGUUCACGUCUGUUCUGGUUAGGCUGCUGGAGGUUCCUCGUGAUGUUCUGAUGCAGAUGCUGUGUGUGCUGCUGCCUGCUCUGCCUGAGAGAGAGCUCCUGUCUCUGUGUGAAAGUCUGAGUCCUAAGGAUCUGCCACAGUGUCCACGCUUGUCUUCUCUGAAUCAUCUCAUUGUUAAACUGAGAGCAGAUUUUACUCGUGAGGCAUCCCUGGAUGCUCCUGUCUGCACCGGGCAAACUGAUAGGAUGGAGGAAAAGAGACGGGGUCUGUUAGAGAAGCUCCUCUCCUCCGUCUGUGCCCCACCUCCUUCAGCCACUCCUCUCAUUCUGGUCCAACCUGAGAUUGGGACUAGAUCUGAGACUGGGCCAGAGAUCGGGACUAGACCUGGUUCCGAUUUCCUUAAACUCUGUCUUGUUAAGCCCGAUCCAGACGAGUACAUGUGUCUCUCCCGGGCCAGUCCUGAUCUGGAUCCUGGUCCCUGUCCCAGUACGGUUCUCAGUUCUGAUGCUCAUGCUGUUCACUCUGAGAGGUUGUUUAUCUUCAGAGACGUGCCGGUCUCCGCUCAAACACCAGAGGGUGCCAUCAGGAAACGCAGGAAGAACUUCCUGAACCUGAAAAAGAGCAGUGUGGCCCCUCUGAUUUCUGACUCCUGACUUCCUGCUCUCACAUUUAUAAUGGGACUCUGCAUUUCAUUCAGGGGCGGGAUUUAAUGCUCUAUUGCAACCAUGGCAAUGCAUAUUUAAACAGUGUUUUCUUAUUCACCUGAGCUGCCAGGUCCAAAAAAAACAUCAUAACAAACUUAACAAAAACACAUCCCGCUUUCCUUUGACUAUCUGUUGAUGCAUCUGAGGCUCUAUUUUUUUCCCCAAAAAAUAGACACUUUGCAUUAGUGGUUCGGCUCGCCAAUUGAUGUUUGCCAAUAUAUUUUCUACAGUCAGGUUAAGGUAUAUACACACACACACACACACACACACACACCCCCACACACACACAUAUUUAAAUAAAUACUAUUAAUGUCACUGAACCUUAAUAUUUGCUGUAAUUACAUCUGCUGAUUAUGAAAUGAACUCUUCAGGGGAAAUGCAGCAUGAGGCAGGUAGUUGGCUUUGAUUGACAUCGAGCGCUAAGCUCCGCCCCUAGAUGAAAUGCCAAGAGUUUAGAGAGUCCCUAUUUAUAAUGGAAAGAAAAUGUCUGUCCUGAUGAAAAUGUUUUAUUCGACUGUGUUAAAUAUUAUUGUGUUAAAGAUUGUAUUAUUAUUUUGAAUUUAUUCCUGUUUCAGUUUAAAGGCAGCUGUUUGACAUGAGAUUCUUUUGGAUUCACCCAUGUUUUGUACGUGACGGUUACAGUAAAAACACCAUACUUUUACUU